GUUGUUACUGACAUACAAAAUAAAUAUGGCGGACGCAUUUUAGAUUUAUGUUCUGAUUCCAUUUGUCGGCGAAAAUCAUUUCUAUUGAUUAAAUAAUCUCAAUAAUAUUAUUACUAAGUGUGUAGUGAAAAGUUAGUUUGAUUUUCUUAAGUUUCAAAUAGUGUUCAUCGAAAAUGUACGACGAUAGACGUGGAGGGCGCGGUGGAGGACGUGGUGGUCCCAGGGGCGGUCGUGGAGGCAGGGGUGGGUCUAGAGGAGGUCGUUCUAGUGAUCGGUCUCAAGACAGGGGAAACAGAUUCGGCGGCAGCCGUGGUGGACGAGAUAGUGGCAGGGGAGGCAGCCGGGGAUUUGGUGGGCGCGAUCGAGGUGGCCGAGAUGGCAGGGAUGAUUUCCGCAGCAAUUUCAAGAAUGAACAACCCGGUGGAGCGCUUCGUAAAAUUCGCUGGGAUACGAUUACGCUUACUCCAUUUCAAAAGAAUUUCUACAAUCCUCACCCCAAUGUUCAAAUGCGCUCGAUGGCAGAAGUGGAAGCUUACAGAAGCCAGCAUCAAAUUACAGUUAAAGGUCGUGAUGUUCCUCCACCAAGUGUAUAUUUUGAAGAAGGUGGCUUUCCCGAUUAUGCAAUGAAAGAAAUUUUAAAGCAAGGCUUUCCACAUCCUACACCAAUUCAAGCUCAAGGUUGGCCAAUUGCGUUGUCUGGAAGAGACAUGGUUGGGAUUGCACAGACGGGUUCAGGAAAGACUCUUGCAUACAUUUUACCAGCUAUUGUCCACAUUAUUAACCAGCCAAGAUUAUUAAGGGAUGAGGGACCAAUUGUUCUAGUCCUAGCUCCUACAAGGGAGCUUGCUCAGCAAAUUCAACAGGCUUUGGUAUCCAUGAAUGGAGACACAGUUGACCGAGACAGAAUGCCAGGCCCCAUGGACGUUGUGGCAACAGAUUUUGGUCAAAAUGUUCAAGUGCGCAAUACUUGUAUAUUUGGUGGAGCUCCAAAGGGGCCACAGGGCAGAAUGUUGGAGCGGGGAGUUGAGAUUGUCAUUGCAACACCAGGAAGACUUAUUGAUUUCUUGGAAAAAAAUACAACAAAUCUACAACGCUGUACAUAUCUGGUGUUGGAUGAAGCAGAUAGGAUGUUGGACAUGGGUUUUGAGCCACAAAUAAGAAAGAUCAUUGAGCAAAUACGGCCAGACCGACAGGUUCUGAUGUGGUCCGCAACAUGGCCUAAAGAGGUUCAAAACUUAGCUGAAGAAUUCCUCGUAGAUUACAUACAGAUCAACAUUGGUUCACUUUCUCUAUCUGCUAACCACAACAUUCUACAAAUUGUCGAUGUGUGUGAGGAAUGGGAGAAAAAUGAUAAACUGCUCACUCUUCUUAAUGAGAUUUCAUCGGAAGAGGAGACUAAAACCAUUAUAUUUGCAGAAACAAAGAGAAAGGUGGAUGACAUAACAAAAACCAUUAACCGAGCGGGUUGGCACGCACUCGCCAUUCACGGCGAUAAAAACCAACAGGACAGAGAUUACGUUUUAGGACAAUUCAGGCAAAACCCGGGGGCAAUAUUAGUCGCUACCGACGUAGCGGCUAGAGGACUCGACGUCGAGGAUGUGAAGUUCGUGAUAAACUACGACUAUCCAAACAAUUCUGAGGACUACGUGCACAGAAUCGGACGCACGGGACGCUCGCACAACACCGGGACAGCGUACACGCUCUUCACGCCUAAUAAUUCGGCCAAGGCUAAGGACCUAAUGUCAGUGUUGUCAGAAGCAAAUCAAGUGGUGAACCCUAGAUUGAUGGAACUGGCGCAGUGCGGCACAGGUUUCAAAGGAAAGGGAUUCAGUCGUGGCGGAAGUCGGUACCGUGAUCGUGAUAGUGACUCUGGGCGUGGUCGCGGCAGGGGAAGGGAUGGAGGCAGGGGGAGCAGGGGAGGUAGACCGGAGACCAGAGGCUCAAGAUGGGACAACAACGACUCAAAUGGCCAAUCCAGUUUCAACAGGGAAGACGGAUUCCAGCGCCAGAGCUUUGGGCGUGACCAGAGCCGUGAGUCUUUCCGCGGGCGUGGCAGGGGGCGUGGUCGCGGCGGGUUCGGUCAAAGCUUCGAUCAGGGACAGCAGGGCUUCCCUGAUCAGACGCAAGGAUACCAGCCGAGUAGUUAUUAUAAUAUGUAUGGGCAGCAGCAGGCUCAAUAGAUUUACUCUGCUCUAAGAGAUUUUUAAAAUUUUGCCAAAUGGAAGUCCAAAACCGUGAAGGACUAAUUGGUUUCAUUCAUCAUUGCAAAAUUUAAACCAAAUUCAGAUUAAUUUUAAUAUGGAAGAAGGGUCUAAGUGAGCUUUCAAGUAAUACGUAACGCAAUAUUUGAAGAUUUGAGAAGCUCCCAUGUAACGCACCGUAUUGUUUUUCUUGCCGUUGACGCAGGCGUAUACAGACUAAUUACGAAUAAGUUUGUGCAGCUCUGCCAUGUCCCAGUCAUUCUCAGGUAAUAUAAUGUACUUUUUAUUUCAUACGAAUUAAAAGAGGGCUCUUUUUUUGAUAAAUAAAAAAUGUUACGUAACGCACCGUAACGUUUUACAAGAUCCCCCCUCCCCCCUAAAUUGCGUUACGUAACACUUGAACGCUCCCUAAUGUAUUAAAAAUAAACUCAAUUUAAAGAAAAUCUAUCUGUUAUCUAUUCUAGGCUUAGCCUAUAAUGUCUCUGUUUAAAUAUACAUGUGAUGUACGGGAUCUGUGGUGAUGCCAAAAUAUUGAUCAUUUCAUAGAUUUCUAGGACUUUCAAACAUGAAGAAGCAGCAAUUUUUCUUGUGUAUUUCAUUAGUGGCAAUGUUCAAAACUCGAUUGUAUCUUUAGAAUCUGAAUGUGGGCCUAGUGUAGUUUUAUUUAGCACCCAUUUAUCAAGGAAUUUUACUUUAUUUUUAACAUUAGGGUUAGUUAGAUACUGUAGAUGUCAAUUUUAAAUUCUCAGAUUAACAGUGUAAUAGACAUUCCUGCUGACUCAGUAUUGAUAAUGUGCAAUUAAAUUAAUUAUACCUUAA